AUGGGCAACGAAGUGAGCGAACCACAGAGGCGGCCAUCUGGAAGCAGCAGCCGCGCCAACAAACAAUACACUUUCAAGAUUGUCGUACUUGGCGACCGUGGGACUGGCAAGGUAACGGCCCUCAUCAAUCGGGUGGUCCAUGGCCUCUACACGGGGAAGGAGCGGCCGACCACCGGCGUCGAGUUCGCCCUGUGCUCGCUCAACGACUUUGCCACGUCCGUGGGCGGUGACCGCACCGCCAUACGGCGCGACAACGUGCGGCUCAUGCUCUGGGACGUGGGCGGGCAAGAGAAGUUCGGCGGAAAGACGCGCUUUUACUACGAACACGCCGUGGCCGGCAUCGUGGUCGCCGACGCCACCAAGCCCAAGACCAUCAAGGAGGCGGAGGCGUGGGUGACCGACCUCCGGGCCAAGGUGGCCAACAAGGGUCCCAACGGCGAGAACAUGUCCGUCCCCGUCAUCAUGUUCGUCAACAAAGUGGACCAGGUGUCUCCGAAGCAGCUGUCGGCGCUGACGCCCUCGCUCAAGGAGUUUGUGCGCUCCAACGACAUCAUGGGCUUUUGGACGUGCUCGGCCAAGGAAGACGCCAACCUGAACAAGCCCGUCCAGAUGCUCGUCACCAAACUCCUCGAACAGCGCCACAGCGACGAAAUCAAGCUCGAACGAAGUGAGGGGUACAGCUACAAGAACUGGCAGCCGCUCGAGCUCGCCACGCAUUGCGCUGCGUGCCAGACCGAGUUCUCCCUCUUCACCUGGAAGCAUCACUGUCGCAGUUGUGGGCUGAUCUACUGCGGCAACUGCACGCCACACGCGGUGGCGCUCCGCGACAAGGGCUACACCACCCCGGUCAAGAUCUGCAUCAACUGCCACCACGCCCUCGUCACAGCCGCCAAACAGAAAUCAUCGUCAUCAUCCACGACGACGACCUCUUCUUCAUCAUCAUCUCUUUCCUCCUCUUCAUCUUCUUCUUCCGUGUCCCGAUCCGCCAAGCGGCCCACCUGA